GGAAACGGUGUAGAGGCACAUACAAAUCCAUCACCGCAGCAGCGCUUGGUGGCUUUUCUAUGGCUCGAAGGGUGCCUAGCGCCGCCCAGCCGUAUGCACUGUUGAUCGUUCCACAGCAAAAUCGUGAAGGGAUUUUAGCGAUUUAGCGGUCCAGUGAUCAUGGCAACCAACCCACGCAACCGCAGCCGGGGCCCGGGGCAGGGCAGCAGCGGUCUGACCCUUACUUUCACUUCCCCAUUCUUGUUGAGGAUCUCAUCCGACAGGCUGACGACGAAUCGAUGUCUACACCGAACUUCGUCAUACCUUUUACCUACACUUGAGUACACUGAGUACACUGAGUAGGGUUACUUAAAAGGCGGGACGGUCCGUUAUCUUUGUGCAUGUUUGGAAGCUUCUUUGAAACCUUGACUCAACGAUAGGUAUCUACUUCAACCAUGGCGAACCAAAACGGCCAAACAGACCAACAACUGCGUCCCCCCACACCGGACUAUAUCACAAUGGGGGGUGACGAUGAUGGAAUGGAGACGCCUAGAUUACAGGAAGGCAUAAAAGCAAAACCAAAGCGCAUCAUAGUAUGCUGUGAUGGAACGUGGAUGGACUCACUAGGGAAGAGGGGAGAAGAACCACCAUCAAACGUCACCCGCAUCUCACGCGUUCUGCGCCGAACAUGCUACGACGGAACUCACCAAGUCAUUGCCUACGUCCCCGGCGUAGGCACAAGUAACAAGUUGGAUUCCAUCACCGGUGGCGCUUUUGGUAUGGGACUGGACCAGGAUAUCCGCGAAGUCUACAACUUCAUCUGUACCAACUACGUCGACGGUGACGAAAUCUUCCUCAUCGGCUUCUCCCGAGGCGCCUUCACCGCCCGUUCCACCGCCGACAUGAUCGCCUCUCUUGGCAUCCUCAUGCCCGACGGUCUCGACCGCUUCUACUCAAUCUUCCACGACUACAUGUACAUGGGCACCCCCUCACGAAACAAGACUGAGUUCGUCGUGCCCAACCUGCCCGAGUACAAAGGGCAAAAAGGCCAAGCCAAGAUUGAGUGGGAGGCAGAGCGCAUGAAGAUGUACAAGGAGCAGUUGAUCGAACUGGGCUACACGCGGGACAAGUUCAGCGACAAGAAGACGGAUAUCACCAUCAAGGCGCUGGGGGUGUGGGAUACCGUUGGUGCGCUGGGAAUCCCGCCUGCGCCCGUGAUUGGCGUCAGGGGGUCGUCUAACCAGUGGGCGUUUACCCACACGCAGAUCUCGGAUAAGGUGGAGCAUGCUUUUCAGGCUUUGGCGCUUGAUGAGCCACGGUAUGCGUUCCGGCCGGCCUUGUGGGAGCGGUUACCGGGCAGUAAGACGAAUCUGAAGCAGGUGUGGUUCCCAGGGACGCAUGCGAAUGUUGGAGGGGGGUGGUAUGACCAGCAGAUUGCUGAUAUUACUCUGGCUUGGAUGUGCGACCAACUCUCGACUCUCGGCGUCGAAUUCAACCUCAAAAGGAUGCACUCCAUCUUUCUCGACUCCCUCCGCUACAGCGCCGCCCACCCCUUCCCUUACUCCCCGCCCUCCUUCACCCAAGCCCUCCUUACCAAAGGCAAAUCCACCAUCUCCAAACUUCUCACCAUCGGCAAACCCGCCUCUUUAUCCCCGCGCCCCUCCUCCAUUUCAAUUUCAUCCCCCAUCUCCCCCCGCCAAUCCACCUCCACCACUUCCUCCUCCAUCUCUUCCUCCUCCCACACCAAAUCCAAAUCCCACUCCCAUUCCCACUCUAAAUCCCUCUCCCUAUCCAUCAUCCCCUCUUCAGUCCCCGCCCUCCCCUGGGCCCUCCCUCCCAUCUUCCACCCUCCCCCUUCCUCUCCCACCAACGGUCCCUUCUUCCACGACUCCAAAGAAUGCACCCCCCUGCACAUCCACUCCCACCCCCCUCUCGCCUCUACCCCUUCCGCCCUGCUCUCUCUCGGCGCCCGCCCCUGGGGCCUAGGUACCCUCCGCAACCCAGCCAAUACAAGCUUAGCUACCCUAGCAGGCCGCACCGUUCGGCGCCCUGGUCUUUUCCUCAGGGUAGACGAGGACAGUAAUAUCGAUACCCCGUUUCCUUUACUGUCAACCGGGGAAACGAUCCAUUCAUCCGUUAGAGUCCGCUUAACCUGCGGGGGACUAGGGCCGGAUGAUAAGGAUGUGUGGGGGUGUGAUGCUUUGUUGAAGGGACAAGACGGGAAGCCAUUAUGGAAGUUGGAAAAAGGGUGGGGACUCGCAAAAGAGGAGCAAGAAAGAGUGGAAGGGUUUGUGCCGAGGGAGGUGAGUGUCUUGGGACCAUGUGCAGGUGGGAGAAAAAGGAGUGGGUCAAGGGUAUACCCCACCGAAGGAUUAUACGAAGUCAAGAAAGAGGAAAUGGCGUGGCGGUGGGUUUAUAUAGGGGAUGAGAAAUCAGUGCAGACGGGAACGGGAAGUGGGAAGAUCAUGUUUGGGAAGGGGGUAAGGUUCCCGGAUCGCAAAGUGUUGGCGGAGGAGCCGGUGGUGGGGUAUUGGGAACGGUAUCUGUUGGGCAUGUUGACUGCGCCUGGUGAGAGGGAUGUGUGGCGGUGGGCGGCGGAGAGGGGGAUGGAGAGGGAGAGUUCGAAGGGUGGUGGUGGUGGUGAGGAAGGGGUACUACCUCUAGGGGAGGUUAGUAUGAAUGAGCAGAGGGUGAAUGGGAGGAUACCCCUACCUCUGAAGAGUAAUGGUACGGGGACUGGGAAUGGAAGUGCAAGUGGGAAGGGACAUACCAAGGCUGCGUAUAGUGUUGGUUAGGGACUGGACUUGGGCCUUGCGGGGUGCUGGUAGCUUGGUGAUGGUGGCGUGGGGGAAUUUUGAGUACUGCUUUUUGAGUUAUUGGAUUAUGGGUACCUACAUAGCCUGGUGUUUCGGGAGUUUUUUUCCGGUUCUAGAAGCGUUCGGUCAUAUCUCAUGGAAGAAAGGGACUAUUUUUUUUGGUUUGUCUUGAAGGGUGAAAGAAAGAAAGGUCGUAAGACAAAGUAGAGGUAGUUC